UGCUAUCCAAAUCCAAUUAAAACCAACUUUUUUUCUCAAAAUAAAAAAAAUCACCACCAAGCAGGCGACACGAGAAGUCGAGAAUCCAAAUCCUUAUCGUCGUCCGUCCACACCGAAUCUCCUACUUGUCACCGUCUUAACUCGUAAUCAAGAACCAAAGAAUUCCGCCUUCUUUCAUUUGAUUUUAAUUCUUUCUUUUUUGUUUCAUCCGUUUUGUUUAUUAUCGAUCGAGAAAAAAAAUGGGGAAUACGUCUUGCAUAUUCUUUGCGUGCGUCGAUCAGGCCAGUAUCGGCGUGGUGGAGAGGUGGGGUCGUUUCGAGAAGUUGGCGGAGCCUGGCCUUCACUUAUUUAACCCCUGCGCCGGUCAAUGGCUCGCCGGCGUCCUUUCUACCCGAAUCUCUUCUCUCGAUGUCCGCAUCGAGACCAAAACCAAGGACAAUGUUUUUGUUCAAUUGGUUUGCUCCAUUCAGUACCGAGUGAUGAAACGACAUGCUGAUGAUGCAUUCUAUGAGCUGCAAAAUCCCAAAGAACAGAUCCAGGCUUUUGUGUUUGAUGUGGUUCGAGCUCUAGUUCCAAGGAUGGAUUUGGAUGAACUCUUUGAACAAAAGGGUGAGGUUGCUAAAGCUGUGCUUGAGGAAAUUGAGAAGGUUAUGGGAGAAUAUGGAUAUAGCAUUGAGCAUAUUCUGAUGGUUGACAUCAUUCCUGAUUCUUCUGUACGCAAAGCAAUGAAUGAGAUAAAUGCAGCUCAAAGACUUCAGCUUGCCAGUGUGUACAAAGGGGAAGCUGAGAAGAUUCUCCAAGUUAAAAGAGCAGAAGCGGAAGCGGAAGCCAAGUACUUGGGCGGGGUGGGUGUAGCCAGGCAGCGGCAGGCAAUCACGGAUGGGUUGAGGGAGAACAUUUUGAAUUUCUCUCACAAGGUGGAAGGCACCUCAGCCAAGGAAGUGAUGGAUCUUAUCAUGAUCACACAGUACUUUGAUACAAUCAAAGACCUCGGAAACUCCUCAAAGAACACUACUGUUUUUAUACCCCAUGGACCCGGUCAUGUUAGGGAUAUCGGUGAGCAGAUACGGAAUGGGCUGAUGGAGGCUGCUAGUGCUAAAGUAAAUGUUGAAUAAGCAAGAGUUGUUUUUAAUUGAAAGAGAGAAGACAAUCAAAUAGGUAGGUCUUUGAGUAGUAAAUACUGUUGUGAUACUUGUGAGUGGUGAGACAGUAAGAUUGGUUGACAUAUAGGGCUGUAAAAAAGAUUUAACAAUUUGAGGAGAUGAGAUUGCUCUAUUUUUACAUUUA